GAUGCCGGGGGCGGCGGCAGCUUUGGCGCCGCCGGCGGGCGAGACGAAGGUGAUCUACCACCUGGACGAGGAGGAGACGCCCUACCUGGUCAAGAUCCCCGUCCCGGCCGAGCGCAUCACCCUGGGCCACGUCAAGGCGGCCCUCGCCCGGCCAGGAGCCAAGUACUUCUUCAAGAGCAUGGACCAGGACUUCGGGGUUGUGAAGGAGGAGAUCUCCGAUGACAACGCAAAGCUCCCGUGCUUCAAUGGCAGAGUCGUUUCCUGGCUUGUGUCUUCUGAGAACCCCCAGCCUGAGCUCCCUCCCCCUCCCCCUCCUCCCAUAGAGGUACGACCAGAACCUUCACCUCCGCCGCCGCCACUUCCUCCGUUGCCUGUGGAGCGGACUAGUGGCAUUGGGGAUUCCCGACCCCCUUCCUUUCACCCAAACAUCUCCAGCAGCCACGAGAACCUGGACCACGAAACAGAGACUGAGUCCGUUGUGUCGCUGAGGCGGGAGCGGCCACGCCGCAGGGAGAGCAUGGAGCACGGAGGUGGGCACCGGCUAAACGGGCAGUCCCGCUUGGAGCGGCACCUGGCUGGGUACGAGAGCUCCUCCACCCUGCUGACCAGCGAACUUGAGACCACCAGCCUCUGCGACUCGGACGAUGAUGACACCAUGAGCAGGUUCAGUAGCUCCACGGAGCAGAGCAGCGCCUCUCGCCUCCUCAAGCGCCACCGUAGGCGACGGAAGCAGCGCCCACCACGUCUCGAGCGGACGUCAUCCUUCAGCAGCGUCACCGACUCGACCAUGUCUCUCAACAUCAUCACUGUUACCCUGAACAUGGAAAAGUACAAUUUCCUGGGCAUCUCCAUCGUGGGGCAAAGCAACGAGCGAGGAGACGGGGGCAUCUACAUUGGCUCCAUCAUGAAGGGCGGCGCGGUGGCGGCAGACGGCCGGAUCGAGCCCGGGGACAUGCUGCUGCAGGUCAACGACAUUAAUUUUGAGAACAUGAGCAACGACGACGCCGUGAGGGUCUUGCGGGAGAUUGUCCACAAGCCGGGCCCGAUUGUGCUGACAGUGGCCAAGUGCUGGGACCCCUCCCCGCAAGGCUAUUUCACCCUGCCUAGAAAUGAGCCAAUCCAGCCCAUCGACCCAGCAGCUUGGGUGUCCCAUUCAGCUGCCCUGACUGGGGCCUUUGCUGCCUACCCUGGGAGCAGCUCGAUGAGCACCAUCACCUCGGGGACCUCCGUCACUGAGACUGAACGCUUUGACGACUUCAACCUGUCCAUCCACACCGACAUGGCCUCCGUCACCAAGGCCAUGGCUUCCCCAGAGUCGGGCCUGGAGGUCCGCGACCGAAUGUGGCUCAAGAUCACCAUCCCCAACGCUUUCCUAGGCUCGGAUGUGGUGGACUGGCUGUACCACCACGUGGAGGGCUUCCAGGACCGCCGAGAGGCCCGCAAGUACGCCAGCAACCUCCUGAAGGCCGGCUUCAUCCGCCACACGGUCAACAAGAUCACCUUCUCCGAGCAGUGCUACUACAUCUUCGGAGACUUCAGCGGCUGCGAAAACUACAUGGCCAACCUCUCCCUCAACGACAACGACGGCUCCAGCGGCGCCUCCGACCAGGACACCCUGGCCCCUCUGCCCUUGCCGGGCGCCACCCCCUGGCCUCUGAUGCCCACCUUCUCCUACCAGUACCCGGCACCCCACCCCUACAGCCCCCAGCCCCCGCCUUACCAUGAGCUCUCUUCCUACAGCUACGGCAUGGGGAGUGCCGGCAGCCAGCACAGCGAAGGCAGCCGGAGCAGUGGGUCAAACCGCAGUGAUGGCGGUGGCGGUGGCAGUGGGGCUGGCCGAGGGGCUGGCAAGCCCAAGGAGGAGAAGGCGGGAGCUGACUCCAAGUCCGGCAGCGGCAGCGAGUCGGAGUACUCCGUCCGCAGUGGCAGCCAGCGCGGCGGGGUGACGGUGGGGCCCGGCGGGGAGGGGGCUUCCCAGCGCAGCCAGCACAGCCUGGGGGGUGGCAGCAUCCGCUCCCACCACUCCCUCCACGCGGCCUACGCUGCCCCAGGGGGCAUCCCCCUGGCUUACAACCCCAUGGUGGUCAUGAUGGUCCCGCCCCCCGCCCCACCAUCAGCUGCUGCUGCGGCCGCGGCAGCCGUCCAGCCCCCCGGGGCUCCCCCGGUGCGCGACUUGGGCUCGGUGCCCCCCGAGCUCACGGCCAGCCGCCAGUCCUUCCACAUGGCCAUGGGGAACCCCAGCGAGUUCUUUGUCGACGUGAUGUGAACUGAGGCUGGGGGGCCCGAGCCCCACCUUGCGCUCACCGCCGUGGCCUCCGUCCCCAGAGCUUUCCACAACCCUCUGACCUCUGCCGGGGCUCCGUGGCCCCCCUCUCUCACUCACACACACAUGCCACAAGAGAGCCUUUCGGAUGGACGCAAACAUUUGCUUCUUGCCGCCAGUUGGCACAAUGCCGACCGCCCGGCUGGUCCUCUGACUUGGCCAGAAGCAAUGUGGCCCCCAUCCACGACGUGGCACUUCCGUGGCUCAGCUUAGGGCUCACGUGACCCACGCCCGCCUUGCCAGCAUUUUUUCCUUCACCAGCAGAACCGUUUGCCUUCAUCCCGUGAUUAGCCGUUUGUCACACGUGGCUUCUGUGGCCACAGCAGGUGGCUUGACGGGUCCUCUCUAGUUUAUUGCAUUCAGUUGGCUCCGCCUUCCAUAUUGUGAGCCGCCAUGUUUACCUUUUUUUUUAGCACAGUGGCUUGCUUGGCCACUUUUUAAUCAUGUGACUCAGGUCUCUAGAAUCAUGUGACCUCUGCCUCCUAUUUUGUAUCUGCCUUGAACUGGUGUCCUCGGAAUUUUGGCCCCUCUUGAGUUCCGUGGUCAGGUGGCCACCUUGGAAUGUCACAUGACCCAGGGCAACGGCCCAGGACUUCCUGUCACAUGACCUGAUCUGUUCUAUGGUUUUGUGAGCAGGUGAGUCUCGAUGCCUCCGCUUCUUAGUGGAACAGUAGAUUCAUUUGAUCCCCAUCCCUGCACCCCACUUGGGGAUCCC